AUGACACCGACAACCAGCGCCUUUCAACCUGGUACGACACCGACAAUCAGGGCCUUUCAACCUGGUAUGACACAGACAACCAGGGCCUUUCAACCUGGUACGACACCGACAACCAGCGCCUUUCAACCUGGUACGACACCGACAAUCAGCGCCUUUCAACCUGGUAUGACACAGACAACCAGCGCCUUUCAACCUGGUAUGACACAGACAACCAGCGCCUUUCAACCUGGUAUGACACAGACAACCAGCGCCUUUCAACCUGGUAUGACACAGACAACCAGCGCCUUUCAACCUGGUACGACACCGAUACACAUUGAUCCAAUAAUAUAUCAAGCCCAACCCAGUCCUCUUCCAACCUACCAAUUGCAAGCCCAGCAGUUUAGUCCAGCAAGACAGAAACCAGAUUUCGGUUCAUUCGCAUUUGCGAGACUCCCAUACCUUGAUAGUCGAGUGUCAAAAUGCUAUGGCUGUGGAGAACUGUUAAAGCCAGGAGGUGUUUUGCCUCCUCCACCAAACGAUCUAGUUCUGACAACUAGGUUGCACAGGAAAUACCCUAAGGAUGGGCAGCUACAAAUAUCACCAACUAUCUCAUCAGUCUAUCUCCAUGUCAGCUCGUACUGUGCACGAGCAGCCCUCCCAGACUUUACCCCGGCAUUGUGCUACUUACCCAACGAUUUGGCUCCAUUUCUUCAUAAGGAACACUACGAUUUAAUGUAUGCAAAAUUAGGACUACGUUUUGCACAGAACUUGUAG